AUGUGUCAUCUCCCUGUGGGCAUUGAACACAAGGCUUAUUGGGCAGUAAAGGAGGUGAACAUGCAGCCCAAGGCGUGCUCUGAGGAGAGAAAGCUCCAGCUACACGAACUAGAGGAGCUCAGACUGGACUCCUACAACGCAGCAAUGUGGUACAAGGAGGAAAAAAAAAUGUGGCACGACAAAAAAUCGAGGACGAAGGAGCUGCAUGUGGGACAGAAGGUUUUGCUAUUCCAGUCGCGGUUGAAGUUGAUGCCAGGAAAACUCAAAUCUAAGUGGACAGGGCCAUUCACCAUAGUCGCCCUGAGAGCGAAUGGAGCUGUGGAACUUCAAGGGAGUGAUCCUAACUCUGCUCCUUUUAUGGUUAAUGGUCAUAGGGUAAAGUCGUUUAGGGACAACUCGAAAGUGCGCACGGUGGAAGAAAUUCCACUGCGCACAGCCAACGUUGUCGCUUAA